CUUUCUCCAAAUAGAACGAGGAAACGGUAGAGAAUCUUAAAAACCCUAGUAGUAGUUGCAAAGCAUCCCAUAAACCCUUUCUAAUGAACACGACCAUGCAUUCCCACAUCAAGACUAUUCUGUGGAGCGAGGACCAAAUUUCUCGCCGUGUCUCGGAGCUCGCCGCCGAAGUCUCCGCCGACUUUGCAGGUUGUUCUCUAGCGCCCAUAGUCGUCGGUGUGGCCACCGGUGCCUUCCUCUUCGUGGCAGAUCUUGUUCGCAAAAUCGAGUUCUCAGUACCCGUUGAUUUCGUCCGAGCUGAAUCCUACGGCUCAGGAACAGAGUCCAAUGGUGCACCCACCAUUUCCCUCGAUUUGAAGGUCGACAUCAACGCUCGUCACGUCAUCUUGGUUGAAGAUAUUGUAGAUACUGGUCAUACCUUAUCUAGAGUCAUUAAGCACUUGAAAUCAAAAGGAGCAUCCUCUGUUUCUGUGUGCACUUUCCUUGAUAAACCUGCAAGGAGAAAAGUAAAUGUUCAGCUCGUGGGCGAAGGAAAAUUCUACCGUGGAUUUGAGUGCCCAGACUGUUUUGUUGUUGGUUAUGGAAUGGAUUUUGCCGAACAGUAUAGAAAUUUGCCUUACAUUGGUGUUUUGAAGCCUGAACUUUACGAGUGAUCUUAUAUCUCUUAGUGAGCACUUGUAGCAAAUGGAACCUUAAGAGUUUCGGAGCUUUACAGAGUCGUUCACACCAUUAUCUUAUUUAUAAGAGAAACCUGACAGUGUACUUUUGAAAACUAGCAUUGUCGUUUAUUCUUUUUAAUGAUAAAGUUUUUUCUUUUUACUUUUUCUAUUUAAA